AACAGCCGCCGCCUGCGCGUCCUUGGGGGGCCGCCCGCCGCCAGGGGGCGCUGCCGCGCGGGGGGCGGUGCCGGAAGCGGCGCGCGCGCGCUCCGACCGGAAGGCGGAAGCGGCGGCGCGGAGCCCGGCGGUUCCGGGGCGAUGGCGGCGGGCGGCAGCCUGAGUCGCUCCGAGCGGAAAGCGGCGGCGCGCGCCGAGAUCCUGCAGCAGGAGGAGCAGCGGGACCGCCGCAGACAGGUGUCCCGCAUCUGGAGGAAGCCGCCGGCGGAGCGGAGCCCCGAGGAAUGCCAGGUGCUGAGUGAGAGCGAGGACAUCGUCAGGGAGCUGGAGCGGCGCCGCAAGCGGCGCGAGCGGCUGCGGCGGAGGCAGGAGGAGGUGUGCGAUGAGCCGGACGAGCUGAAGAGGAAGGUGGCCGAGCUGGCAGCAGCCGUGCGGAGCGCCAGGCACCUCGUCAUCUACACGGGCGCUGGGAUCAGCACGGCGGCUUCGAUCCCAGACUACAGAGGCCCCAAUGGCAUUUGGACACUGCUGCAGAAGGGCAGGAGCAUCAGGGCUGCAGACCUGAGUGAGGCAGAGCCUACACUCACUCAUAUGAGCAUUGCCUGCCUGCACAAGCACAAUCUGGUGCAGCAUGUGGUGUCUCAGAAUUGUGAUGGGCUGCACCUGCGGAGCGGGUUACCCCGAGCUGCAAUAUCUGAGCUCCAUGGGAACAUGUACAUAGAGGUCUGCACUUCCUGCACACCCAACAGAGAGUACGUGCGAGUGUUCGAUGUGACGGAGCGCACAGCCCUGCACAGGCACCACACGGGCAGGAUGUGCCACAAGUGUGGGGCACAGCUGAGAGAUACAAUCGUCCACUUUGGGGAGAAGGGGACAUUGAGACAGCCCCUGAACUGGGAAGCAGCAACAGAAGCUGCAAGCAAAGCAGAUGUGAUUCUUUGUCUGGGUUCCAGCUUAAAGGUUUUGAAAAAAUACCCAAGGCUCUGGUGCAUGAGCAAGCCCCCCACACGCCGGCCCAAGCUGUAUAUUGUGAACCUGCAGUGGACCCCCAAGGACGACCUGGCCGCCCUGAAGCUGCACGGCCGCUGCGAUGACGUGAUGCGGCUGCUGAUGGCGGAGCUGGGGCUGGAAAUCCCGCGUUACGACCGGGCCAGGGACCCCAUCUUCGCACUGGCCGAGCCGCUGCGGCCCGGGGAGGAGGGCACGCACUCGCGGAAACCGGUGGCGCCGCCGCGGGAGCGGGAGCGGGAGGAGCCGCGCGAGCAGGAGCCGCCCCGGGAGCGGGCGGAGGCGGCGGGCGGGCGGCCCGGGGGGUGGCUGGGCCGCGGCUGCGCCAAGGGCGGGCGGCGCAGGAAGAGCCGCUGA